CUGAUAGCCUGUCUCUGCCAGGACAACUUUGUCUUCUGCUCUGAGCUACCAGGCCCUACCAGGAGCUCCAGGGCCAGCUGGGACCCAUCCCUUUGGAGCAGCUGCUUCAGACUAGGCUAGGAAGCACUGAGCUCUAGUGGUCAAGGGAGCCAUGGAGGAGAGAGCUGGUCAGCGAGAGCAAGACAGACCCAGCCUUCGUCUGGAAAAGCUACAGCACUGGGCCAGGCACAGGCAGAGUGGGCACCUCUUGGUGCUGGCGGUGAGCCAGCUAUGGCUGGCAGUGGCUGUGGUGCCCUUUGCUAUCUCAGUUGCCUGCCUGAACUCUGCUUGUCACAUGGCCACAGCACUGCCACUUGGGCCUGGCGUACUGGGUCUCCUCACUGGGAUUGUAACCCUUGAGCUGCGCAGAGCACCCCGUCUCUGGAAGGUGCACGCCAUGAUGCUAUUCAACACCUUCAAUCUGAUCUUGGGCUUCAUCGCGUUGGCGGUCGAAGUGGUGAAGACAGCCUUGAUGUCUGCCCCAACUGUCCCCUCCCAGCUAGCCGGCUUGCUGGUGCUGGAGCUCAGUGCUGAGGCCUUCACCCUAGGCGGAGUGCUGGUCUCAGCAUACUCCCUGUUCCUGCUGAGCCAGAGGAAGCCAGGAUGCUGCUGGAGCCAGAAUCUGCACUACCAGGAGCUGCAGGAGGGUCUCUCAGAAUUAGAGGAAGUUCCUGAUUUGGAGACUGGUCCCACGGUGGCUAGCAGAGCAAACAGAACAAAUGAGUGAGCUGGCAAGAGGAAGCAGACAGGUGUUGCUUUCCUACCCGGCGGGGGCAUUCUCCAGACCCUCGUGCACCCCAUCCCACCGAA